AAGCCUGCCGCGCGGGGUGGUGCGGAGCAGCUGAGGGAGCUUCGCGUAUGGGGCGAGAUGUUGUUUUGUUGUGGCGGUCAGCUGAAUGUGGCGUCGCUGUCCGGGUCUGACACCACAGCGGGAAGCACCCGGAGCCCCCCCGGCAGCAGCGCGGCCACCGAGCGCGGCUCUACCCAGCGCAUCGCGAUCCAGGAAAUGCGGACUCCUGGCCCUUUCGCCGCGGGAUCCACGGCCGCCGCGCCGUAGCGAGCUGACCCCUUGAAAAGCUGAAUGACUAACACCUUGACAACCAACAAAGAAGAUGCAGAGAAGACUUUGGGAGGGCUGUUAGAAUGGCUGAAGCUGGACAGAAGCAGAGCUCCUUUGUACAAAGAAAUGAUCCAUGUUUACCUGCAUCCGUGCAGCUCCAGGGCACCUUUUAAUGAUGCCUCAUUUGGUCCUCUUGAAUAACUUUUGGCCGACACUGAGAAAGGCCCUCUGUUUUGAUUUACAUCUCAGUCUGUCAAUGUCCCCCUGCCUCUGACCUCUCUGCUGCCUGGCGGUUAGCCCCAUGAGGCUACAAGAGCCCUUCCUUGCGUGUCUGUGAGGCCUCCUCCCCACUCUAUGGAGGCUGAGCCCAGCCGUCCAGCUGAUGGGCAGCGCUCUGGAAGACAAGAGCAGCAGCAUGUGACAGCUGAAUCCUCAUUGGGAUCUUGUCCACCACAGCAGCCCCAGCAGCCUCCUAAUCCUCGUCCAGUGCACAGAGCCUUGGGCCGCCUGCAAAAUCGCCAACCCAAACGCACUGACCUUUUGCUGCGGUUACAGCAGCAGCAAGCGGUAGCAUGGCAGCAAUCGGACAACCCAGGUCCCUCAGGAGGCAGCUUCUUCUCUACAGCUUCCCCAUCCACCUCAUCCCUCCCUUCUACUUCCUCCACCCGGGUUGAGCAUGGUCAUGGGGUCCCAUCUCAGUCCAGCCAAGAGGGCCUUGAAGGGGUCAGCUCACCCAGAAAAGGGGAGAAGAAACCCCCAAAACCAGGGAAAUAUGUGUGCACUUACUGUGGCCGUCCAUGUGCCAAGCCAAGCGUUCUUCAAAAACACAUUCGUUCCCAUACAGGGGAAAGACCCUACCCUUGUGCCCCCUGUGGCUUUUCUUUCAAGACCAAGAGCAACUUGUACAAGCACCGCAAGUCCCAUGCCCAUCGCAUUAAAGCAGGACUGGCAUCCAGUCGUGAUGACCCCAGUUUAAGUGGACCAGAGGGGAGUGGAGUUGGAGAAGACCCUGAGGAACACACAGAAGGAGAAAGCACUGAGUCUGAGGAAGAGACGGGCCAACACAGUAAGACCUCCUCUAAGGAGAUGUUGGGCCUGCAGAAGAAAGGUGGUAAGGAGGGGCUGGGAGGCACAGAGGAGAGCCAGAGGCCUGAAGACUCCCAGGCUGUCAAGCAAAGACUUGCACUGAGGCUUAGUGAAAGAAAACGUGGACCAAUGGCUUCUCCAGAUGACCCUCCCUCCUCUCUUUCCACCUCAUCUUCUUCUCUAGGCCCUGGCAGUAAAGGCAGCACAGAGUCUGGCUACUUUUCCGGAUCAGGGAGCACUGAACUGUCCCAAGUUAGCCCCCCCAGUGCCAGUGCCAAAACGUACGCAGAAAUUAUUUUAGGGAAAUAUGGAAGGUUGGGAGGGCAGCAGCGCAGUCCCCAUCUGCAGCAGCCUCAUUCCUCACUGUCCUCGUCCUUAGGAACGGAUGAAAAGAGCAUUCCCUUCACAGUGCCCAAGACCCAAGUAAUAGAACACAUUACGAAGCUCAUCACUAUCAAUGAAGCAGUAGUAGACACCAGUGAGAUUGACAGUGUAAAGCCCCGACGCUCCUCACUGUCCAGGAAGAGCAGCAUGGAGUCACCUAAAUUUAGUGCCCCUAAAGACCCCAACACAUUUGAUUUCAAAGGAGAAACUCCUGGGCCCAGUGGUUCGAGGCACCUCCACAAUCCUGAGGCAGAUCCACCAUGCACCCCGGAACUGUCAUCGGUGCCUCUGCUUAGAAGCCACUCAAUGCCGUCCUCCACCAGCCAAGAAGAGCCCUCCACCUCUGGCACCAUGUCUCCCAGAGGUUACCGUCUCUGCCAGUCGUUUGAUGAGCAGCAAGCAGUGGUAGCUGAGAUGAGGGCUGGUCAUGCUCAACGUAUGCUGAAGCGCCAACCUGCCAUAGAAGUCCCCCUGGGAGCGGAGAUAAUGCUGCAAGGGGGCUGUCCCACCUCCUCGACCUCCUCAGCCAGAGGCAGUGAACUAGCCCGGCAGCCGCAGCAUCAGCAAUCGCAACAGCAAAAGAGUCCCAGUCUGUUUGAAUGUGAAGCAUGUGGGGUUCACUUCCAACAUAUUGAAGCAUAUGAGGCCCACAGAGGCACCUGCUCAGGACAGCAAACGCUGGAACAAGAGAGCAGGGAUGUGAGAAAAACAGGCAGGGAGGAUCGCCCCCCGAUGAUGAUGCACUAUAAGUUCCGGGCACUGGCCAUGGCUGUGAGGAAAAGGAGAAAAGAGGAGAGCCUGGAGGAGGACCCUCCCAGCCCUGGAUCUGUAGCCAUGUCGAGAAGCUCUGCGGGCCCCAUUCCAGUGCCAAGCAGACCGGAGCACAGCCAGGCCCACUCAGGUGUUUCUCCACAGACUGAGCCAAAAGAACAGCAGCAGCAGCAGCAGGACAGGAAGGGUGUGUCCGUCAUCCAACACACAAGCUCUUUUGAGAAGCAGGAGAGUAUAUCCAUGGAAAGUCAGGAACCAGACCUCAGAGAGAGUCAGCAAACACAACAACCCGAGCCAAAACCAUCACCUUCUACAUCUCGCCUUAUCCGCCAGCCAAACAUCCAAGUGCCAGAGAUACUUGUCACUGCGGAGCUUGAUGCUGACAUGCCAUCUGUGUCACCGCCAGUGACAUCAUCCUCAUCCAAGGAGGCAGAGAGAAUGGAGGAGUUCCAGUGGCCUCAGCGUAGCCAGUCUCUGGCCCAGCUCCCUGCAGAGAAGCUGCCACCAAAGAAGAAGAGACUCCGCCUGGCAGAAGCAGCCCAGUCCUCUGGAGAGUCUAGCUUUGAAUCUGCGUCUCUGUCCCGCAGCCCCAGUCAAGAAAGCAGCAUCUCCCACACUUCAAGCCAUUCUGCCUCUUUCGAGGAUACAGCAAAAUCGGAGCCUGUCACCUGGGCUGUCGGCAGCCAAAGCUCCCAGAUGUUGAUGGUGCCACCUUCUUCCCACCAACACCAUCAAAGCCACAAGGAGAUGAGGCGCUCAGCCUCAGAGCAGGCCCCAACCAGCUCUCAGCAAACAGAGCAGAUCCCCGAGAUCAGAAGCAAGUCCUUUGAUUAUGGGUCCCUGUCCCCUCAGCAGUCUACGUCCUCCUGGAAAGAAAGGAGAAAGUGUCUGCUUGUGAAGCAUGCCACCUUAGGGGAGCCUGAACAGGAAGAGGGGGCCAGCAUGAGUCAGUUGUCCAGAGCAGAGGGUCCAAAACCUAGGCCUUCCUGUUCCAUCCUUCCUCCUCUCUAUUCAACUGAGAGCCCCCGGUUCAGCCUGGAACCUACAGGAAAGGCCUUACAGCUGUUACAGCCACAAAUCUUCCCGCCCCCUCAGGAUGUUCUCCCUUUGCAGCCCAGACACCAAGAAGCAUUCCGCCCAGGGUCAAUCUCCCAGCUACUCCCUGUCACCACAGCCAUCACUGAAGUGCUGUCCACCCAGAUCAUUCACAGAGCCUUCUUACAUCCACAGUCCGGACCUCCACAUAUACCAAUACACCCAGCACAGAUCCACAUGGCUGAACGGUUGGGUAUACCACUCCAUCAGCUUCCAUUAGUUCCUCUCCAGUUCUCUUCCAGCACUAGACCUAGUCAGUCCCUAUACUUGCCUGCUCCUCCAAGACUUACCACACAUGUUCCUUCCCCUCCAACAACAGACAGCAGACCCUCCAUCUCGUCGAUGUUGUCUUCUGACCGUAUACGUCAAUCCCUCGUGACAAUCUCCUACCAUCACCCACGGCCGGUCAUUGCCACAUGCCUGACACAGCUUACACCAGUAGUGUCCCUUGUGGUUCCAGUGCGCCUCCAGACACAUGUACCUACCUAUGCCAGUGCCAUGUAUACGACCCUAUCCCAGAUCCUGGCCUGCACACGCUCACAGGAGCCCAUUUCUUGCACAGCUAUGGUUAUCAUGGGCCAGGUUGAGCGAGAAAAACUGCAAAGGUCUUACUUAAAAGUCCCUUCUCCAGUCACCAUUCUUCCCCUGUCUCUGCCAACCAAGCUGGCCUCAGGAUCUGGGGAGGCAUACGGUCCCAUGGGUGCUGGAGGAAGUAAACGGAUGCUUUCUCCUGCAGCCAGUCUGGAACUCAGCACAGAGGCUCAGCGUCACCAGAAAAGGGUAAAAGAGGAAGAGGAGGGGGAGCAACAUAAGGCAGGAGACGAGGAGGAUGAGGAGGAUGUGGAUGUGGAAAAGAAAGUAGGAGAGGAGGAUGAAAGUAAAGCUAUUGGGAGAAAACUGGGAGAGGGAGAGAAGAAACAACCUGAGAGGGUAGAGGUCACAACUGUGAAAGUGGAGAGGGAGCAGGAGAAAGUACCAAGGAAACAAAUCAGGGAAGAAAAGGGUGAGGAGGAGGAGGAGGAGGAGGGGGAGACAGCUGAGAAGACAAGUCAAAAAAAGCAAGAGGUGCCAGUUGUGGAAGAGGGGGUUGAGAGACUAAGCACCCCUUCAUACCCCAGCCUCCACACCUCCACCUCAGUCAACUGGUGCUACCUGAAUUAUGUCAAACCCAACCCCUCCACCCAGAGGGACCCGUGCACCUCCGUUUACUCUACAUGGAGCAUAAGUGCUCACAACCCCAACUUGCCAGGCCUCAGCACUAAAAUGGCCUUGUCUCUACUGUGCUCCAAACAAAAGUAUAGCUCGGAGACGUAUACCAUGGCCACGGCUCCAACCGCGGCAAACAGCAAAUUGUCUGCUGCCAGUAGCAGGACGCCCCAUUUGUCAGAGGUACAUGCCACCCCACCCAGCACCCUCACCGGAGUAAAGGAUCAGCAGCAGCACAAGGAGGAGGAGGAGCGUAAAGAGAUGAAAGAAGAAGAAGGGCCCUCCACUUCCAAACAGGGAGAGCCCUCUCGUGUUCGCAUCUUUGAAGGCGGGUAUAAGUCUAACGAAGAGUAUAUUUACGUGCGAGGUCGCGGCAGGGGAAAGUACAUCUGUGGAGAAUGCGGCAUCCGCUGUAAGAAGCCCAGCAUGCUGAAAAAGCACAUCCGAACGCACACCGACGUCCGUCCGUACAUUUGCAAACACUGCAACUUUGCCUUCAAAACCAAAGGAAACCUUACGAAACACAUGAAGUCAAAGGCUCACGGGAAAAAAUGCCAGACGAUGGGAGUGUCUGAGUCAUCGCUGGACGAGCCGGAGAGCGAGGAAACAGCUGGAAGUGAUGAACGCGUGUGUGGCUCAGAGGAGCAGGAGGGACAUCAGUUUUCCGGCGUGGAGGAUUCUGAGGACGAUGACGACAAUGACGACGAUGAUGACGAAGAGGAGUCCGUAUCGCACGAGGACCCGCCGUCCUCCUGCUCCUCGGAGACCCACCUAUCAACAGGAGGACGCUCCAGCUGCAGCAGGCACUCUCAACACGGCACCCCUGACCCUGAGCCCCCUGCGGGCCCCAGUCCAAGCCCCAGUCAUGAGCACUCCCCGAGGGGGGUUUGGCUCAGCAGGCGAGCCGCCUCUCCGGGCAGCAGGAGAGCUCUGUUCUCCCGGCGGGGCUGGAAGUCAUCACCAAGAGCCUUCUCCCCCAGCAGUGAGAGCUGCUCCCCCAGCCGCAGCCUCUCCCCCCGUCUGGAGCUGUCGUCACCCAUCCACAGCCUUGCCCCCAGGACCGAGCUGCCCUCACCCAGCCGACAUGUCUCACCUUCCCCUGAAAGAGGACCAUCUCCCAUCAGACCCCUUUCUCCACUUCGUCCCAUUUCGCCCAGUUGCUACCGAUCGUCACAAGCUCGAGCCCCUCAUUCGCUGCUGGGGUUACAGCACAGGGCCGCUGGGUACCUGCCUUGGGAGAGUCCCAGUUCAAAGGGUAGUCACGUCAAACUGGAAAAAAGAGGUACAGCAGUUGGUGAGGGGCCAGCAUUGGCAGGAGCCAGCUUGUUUCCUGCUGCUUUUCGUCUUUCUACAUGUGAAGGUUAUCGCGGCCACCAAGCAGCAGACAACAUCUUCAGCCAUCUUCCCAUGCACUCCCAACAAGCCAAGGUCCCCUAUCUGAUGAUCUCCAUCGGAGGAAUCCAAAUGGUGCAGGCCAGACCCAGGUCCCACCCUACCACCCCCUCGUCCCCAACGUCUCCGCCCAUGGAGGGGCCGUCACUGGCCAGGGUUGAAUCAUACUGGGGCGGGACCCCCAGAACUCAAGGGCUUAGAACUCCUGGAGAUCGCUGGUCAGAGCACCAGGCAGCAGGAACCAGCCAGUCGGGGCAGUGGAGUGUCAGCACAGUUCCAACAUGUUCCAGACUGGAGUCGGAGACCACAGACUCAAAGCAAUAUGGCAGCUCACAUAGCUCCGCCCACACUCACUGGUCGCCCACUGAGACCGAGGAACGCUGCGUCAGAGACAGUCGUUGGAGAGCGCCCUCCAGUCCAGCAGCACCUGUAGCUUCACGUCUCAUUGGACAGGAGCCGGAGGGGGAGGAGCCACCGUCCAGUAGUGAUCAGGUGGAGGGAGGAGCUGAAGGAGACUCAGCCCGAACAGAACAGAGCACUUAACUGUGUCGACAACUUGAUGCGUCGUGCAUCCCAUUUUGCUUUAUUGGUUGCUACACUAGUCUCGUUUUUUAUUGCUUUGUUUUUUAUACAGUUUUCAAUACUAUUGUUAACUUAAAUGUUUGUUCCUUGGCAACAUUCAGGUUUGUUAUAAAAUGCACUUUUUUCUUUGUGAAAAUGUUUCUGUAAAUCUAAAUAUAUAUAUAUAUAUAGAUUAUGUAUAUAUGUAUGUAUGUGUAUAUAAAUAUAUAUAUAUGAUCUAAAGAUUUAUAACACCUUCAUUUUUCCAGUUGUUACUGAAAUUGACAUGGUAUUAUGUCUGGGUGUUUAUGAAAUUAAAGCUCAGAUUAAGUCAAUAAGGAUUUUAAAUAAAAUCAUGUAAUCUUCAAUCUUAAAUGUAAUCUAAUUUUUUUUUUGACUGAUUCAACUUUCAACAAAAUUUCUACAAUGGAACAUUGUUUGGAAAGUUAUUUCCAACGCUGUUGCUGAAGUUCCCAAAAAUGUGUUGCACAUUUAGUUUACUUCAUAUUCUGUCCACUUCUUCAUGAACCAGACUCUGCUGCUCUUCAUCCGGCUCUUUCCUUUUAGUGUUUUGGCUCAUUCUGUUGCUGUAGGACGAACCUCUGACCAACCAGUCUGUCUUCUCUGUUAACUCUCACCAUUCUGACAACAGCAUACAGUACUUACUGUACUUCAUGCAUCACAGGGUGUAGUAACACUGCCUUUGUACAGACAGAGGGUUAUAACCUAUCAACAAAAGUUUGGGAACCUGUGGAAAACCUGUAGGCUUCAUUUACUUCCUAAACUUUCAAGGCCUGUUUACGCUGGAAUUUACAUGAUCUUUCUUGGGUUUUUCUCUUUUAAAAAAAAAACACUGCUACAUUUGAAUCGUUUAAGGUUAAUCACUGGACUUGACCUGGUUAAAUUUAAAUAAACACUGGAAAAAUAAGUGUUUUAUAUAUAUAUAUAUAUAUAUAUAUAUAUAUAUAUAUAUAUAUAUAUAUAUAUAUAUAUAUAUAUAUAUAUAUAUAUACACAUAUUUGAUGCAUAUAUGGUAUACAGUAUAUCCCUCCUGUAUCUCUAUUGAUACUGGUAAUCUUAAUGUCUGUUUAAAUAUAUGAAAACGGAACAUGAAUAAAUUUGUAAAUGACCAAAAUCUUCAAUGAAAAAUAAUUCCAUUUUUGUUUGUCCAGUAUUACUCAAACUAUAGUUACUUGUGCCUUUUCUGUCCAGGUUUGCUUUCUGAGAUGUACAGUACUGAUAGACAAAGAGAAGGCUGUGAAAUUUUAUAUCUGCUUUUUAUUGUGUUGUUUGGGGGGGGGGGGGGGGUUGGUGUUUUGAUUGUUUAUGUUCCAAAGGCCAUUGCUUUAAUGCCAGGGUAACUGAGAAUCACAUUGUGGAAAUAUUGAAGGAGCAGCAGAAAUGUGUCAAAGGAAAUGCACUGAAGAUCUAUUUUUUAUUACAAAAGAUUUUAGAUUAAGAUAUAUGUCUGUACAGGGAAGAGAGCUCUUUAUUUAUUGUUAUUUGAUGAGAAUUAUGAUCAUUGUUUCAAGUUUUUUUUGUUCUUGUUUUUGAUUUUUCUUUUUUACUUUUGUUAAUGGAAAAAUUACUUUGUUACAUCCGUGUGUCUUUUCAUGAUGCCCUUGUGACUUGAAUUGGUGAUAAAGAGAAGAUAUUGAGUGGCUGGUACUGGAGGAUCAAGUGCCCUGCAGAUUUCACACACAGCAAAAUUUCUAGUCACUGAGGAAAUAAAAAAAAAAUGCACCAAA